CAACAAUCGACAGGUUCAGUGUAAAGAGCUGAGAGUGUGUAAGAGUGUGUGAGGACUGAGCAGUGUGUGAACAUCAUGGCUUACUAUGAAACAAUCCUGUUUGACUACGAUGGAAAUGGCUCUGAAGGAUCCGGGACUACGGAUCUGGAUGAUUUUGGGGAGGUUUGUGAUCCCCGGUUCAGCCAGAACUUCCAAAAACUUUUCCUCCCAGCUGUUUAUGGAAUCAUCUUCAUUUUAGGAAUUGUGGGUAAUGGACUGGUGGUGCUGGUGAUGGGAUUUCAGAAGAAGUUUACAAACAUGACGGAUAAAUACAGGCUUCAUCUUUCUGUGGCUGAUCUGUUGUUCGUGUUGACGCUGCCGUUCUAUGCCGUGGAUGCCAUGAGCUCGUGGUACUUUGGAAAGUUUAUGUGCGUCGCGGUGAACAUGAUCUACACUGUUAACUUGUAUAGCAGCGUCCUCAUCCUCGCCUUCAUCAGCCUGGAUCGGUACUUAGCCGUAGUACGGGCUACAAACAGCCAGUCGACAAGGAAGCUCCUGGCAGAACGCGUGAUCUACGUGGGUGUCUGGCUUCCAGCAAUGCUCCUGACGGUUCCUGAUCUGGUGUUCGCUAAAGUUCAGGAAAACGGGGCUAGGAACAUCUGCGACCGGAUCUACCCUCGUGAAGCCAACGAGGUGUGGAAGGCGGUUUUCCGUUUUCAGCACAUCCUUGUGGGCUUUGUGCUGCCCGGUUUGGUCAUCCUGAUCUGUUAUUGCAUCAUCAUCUCCAAGCUCUCAAAAGGUUCCAAGGGUCAGUCAUUAAAGAGGAAGGCGCUGAAGACCACCAUCAUCCUUGUGCUGUGCUUCUUCGUGUGCUGGCUGCCCUACUGCGCCGGGAUCCUGGUGGACACCCUGGUCAUGCUCAAAUUGAUUUCGGCUGGAUGCUCCCUGGAGCGAGGUUUGCAGAAGUGGAUCAUCAUAAGUGAGGCUCUUGCCUACUUCCACUGCUGCCUCAACCCCAUCCUCUAUGCCUUCCUGGGGGUCCGCUUCAACAAAUCGGCACGAAGUGCCCUGAGUGCCACCAGCAGGUCCAGCCAGAAGUUUCUCACCAAGAAACGAGGACACGUGUCUUCAGUAUCCACCGAGUCCGAGUCCUCGAGUGUCCUCUCCAGUUAGCAAUGGGGAACUCCUGCUUUUUAUUUAUUUUUUUCCAGACUGUUUGGACUGGAUUUUAAGCAUCUUCUCUUCCAUGACCAAAGGGACUAAACUUUUUUUUUUAGAAAUUAAUAACUACAAGAAAUUUUUAAACCUAAAUGUACACAAUGUAAACAUUUUUAAAGCUGUAUUAUUUGUCAUAUUUAUCUGCGAACCAAACAAUAGAAAGCUAAAACAUCUGGUAUGUCAUUUAGUAAUAUUGUGAUGUCACAUUUUAAUGUCAUGCAGAUUUGUAGAAAUUAAAGUAAAUGGACUUUAAUAACGUGAAAAGAAUUUAGAACCAUUUCAUUUGAUCAGCUUUAAACUGCAUACAAGAUGUUUUUUCAUGCUAAUAUUGUUUUUUUUUUUUUUUUUUGCAGCAAAAUCUGUUUUUUAUUAAGAUUCCAGAUUCUCAUAUUUUGUCAGUCAAAACAAUAUUAAUGUUGCCAUAGCAACAGAACGAAUGUUUUCUCUUAAUGUUAAUGCUGAAUGGAUGUGUAUAUAUUCUGUAAAUAGUUUGUGUGUGUGUGUGUGUAUGCACUUAAUUUUUUUUCUUCACUGUUGUUCUAUUUAUUGAAGAAAAACAAAGCAGUAGCUCACACUGAAACAUUUAGCUGUGUGGUGUUUAAGUGGCUCGUUGUUCACAAUAAAAGGCUAGAAUGUUGAA